AACACAUGUCAUCUCUAGUCUUGCGGCUGACCAGACGCGGAACAAAAAUAAAAUAAACCAUUUGAUUUCCUUUCAAAUAACUAAUUCAAUAAAGAAAAUGGCAGAUGUAUUGGACAUUGAUAAUGCGGAGGAGUUUGAAGUGGACGAGGACGGUGACCAGGGCAUUGUACGUCUGAAGGAGAAGGCAAAGCACCGCAAGGGACGCGGAUUUGGGAGCGACAGCAAUACACGGGAAGCUAUCCACAGCUAUGAGCGAGUGCGUAACGAGGAUGAUGAUGAGCUGGAGCCCGGACCACAGCGAUCCGUCGAGGGUUGGAUCCUAUUCGUGACCUCCAUUCACGAGGAAGCGCAGGAGGAUGAGAUUCAGGAAAAGUUUUGCGACUACGGCGAGAUCAAGAACAUCCACCUAAAUCUCGACCGGCGCACUGGGUUCUCCAAGGGCUACGCCCUUGUCGAAUACGAAACCCACAAGCAAGCACUCGCUGCUAAGGAGGCACUGAACGGCUCUGAAAUAAUGGGACAGACCAUCCAAGUGGACUGGUGCUUUGUCAAGGGACCAAAGCGCGUGAAAAAGUCCGACAAGCGCCGCAGAUAGACGUCUCCCGAUUACAAGAAUACAUUUUAAUUAGUUUAAUGCAUAGGCAACCGUACAAAGUCUAUUUGAAGUGAAAUAAAGCAGAUACUAAACUCUA